UUAUAAUCAUCUUUUAUUAACAUUUAUCACACAGCACAGCACUAAAAACAUCAAAAACCAACCAGAAAUGAAAGAAAUGAGGAAGAUUUUCACGCUGUUUUUCAUCUUCAGCUCUGUGUCCGGUGGAGACUCGAUCCCUCAAGCUCAGAAUUUAUCCUGGUCAUCAUUCAACUUCAAAACUCUGCUAACCUGGAACCCCAAACCCAUCAACUACUCCUACACUGUAGAGUUCUCCAGGGUGGGUAAGGACAGACAGAGGAACCCUCACUGUAUCCAAAUCUCCAGCACCGAGUGUGAUCUGACCUACGACCUCAACAACCUUAAAUCUGUUUACACUGCUGAUGUUCUCUCCGAACCUCUGACCUCUGACCUCAUCGAGCUCCCAUCAUCCCAGUCAAAAAGAUUCUGCCCCUAUAAUGACACUGUAAUAGGAAGACCCGAGUUCAGGAUGAAGGUGGAUGAGAAUCAGACGCUCACUCUCUUUAUUGAUGAUCAGAUCACAGCGCUGUACAGAGAUGGUCGACUCCUCACCAUCCGAGACAUCUUCAACCAGGAUCUAAAGUACAAGAUCAUCUACAACAGAGCCGGGAGCACCGGAACGAAGGAGUUGGUGGUGAGCAGCAGCGAGGUUCAGAUGGUGGAUCUAGAUCUGAAUGAAGGUCACAGUUACUGCUUCAGCAUGGCCGUGUUUAUUCCCUCUCGCCGAGGAACCAAGAGACUGAGCAGGUGGAGCUCACGCCGGUGUUCACCGUCUCACACUACAGGAACCAUCAACGAGUACGGGCUGAUAGUGAUGGGCGUGGCUCUCCUCCUGGCGGUGACGGUGUUGAUGGUAACGGUGUUGAGCUGCUGCAGACUGAGGAGACGACAGAAGGAUUCGGAGGAACAGAGUGACGCCAUGACUCAGGUUUAAUGAAAAUGAAUCAUGAUUAAUCUGCUGCCUUACAGUAAGAAGGGUCUGGGUUCGAUUUCCUGGUUCUGUCCUUUUUGUGUGAAGUUGUGCAUGUUGUCCCCAUUCCUGUGGCACCUACAGUCCAAAAACGUGCAGUCAGGAUAGCUGUGGGUGAUUGUGUGCGAGUGUGAAUGAGUGUGUGUGUAUCUGCCCUGUGAUGGACAAUGAAUUGGACUGAGACCCUGACCAGGAUAAAGCGGUGAAUGAAUGAGUGAAUGAUCUGAUCACUUUGAUGUUUGAUUAUAUUGAUGCUGCAGGGUGUAAAUGAUUAUUUAUUAUUUUUAUAGGAAUGUUUAUAUUUAUUAAAUAAUUUAUUUUUGUACAUUUUUAUAAAAAUUAAUUUUGUUUUGUGUAAAAUAUGUGAAAGAUUUAAUUACAUGGAUUCAAAAAAUAAAGUCUGAUCAUUAAUAACAAAAUAAUGAAAUCAUUAAAUUACACUUUAUAACCAAAAGUAUUCGGAUGGCUAAACGUGAGACAGACGCUUCUCACAAGACUUAAACAUGUCUGUGUAUGGAAAUUUGUGCCUGUUUUGUUGAGGAUGACAGCAUUUAUAUGCUGUGAAGUUUGAAGCACAUCAUUUCCUUUAUAUCACUUAUUUAUUACACCUGUUUUUUUAUUAGUUUGUGAUUUUGGAU